CAAUACCUUCAACUGCACGCGUUUCUAACUUUGAAUUAUUUAUAGGUGUUAUUUUAAGCACAGUUAAACUGAAGUUGUUUUCUUACCUUGAUCUUAAACAGCUCAAAAAUGACGAUCAAUUCUGAACAUCCUCUAACUUUCUACAGCCAGAUGUGGUGUCCCAAGUCACAAAGUAUUCUACUUGCACUAGAAGCGUCUGGACUGCCGCAUACCACUGUUAACCUUGCUGUAGACGAUAAGAACCACGUUUGCAACGACAACGAGAAAUCGCAACCCGCUUUGGUUCAAAAUGGCAACAUUUCAAAGCAAAAUUACAAAGAAGCGGUUCAGUUUCUGCACGGUUUAGACGGCGCUAACGCAAACCAAGAUGUUGCGAAGAAAACAAAACAAGACAGAAUCCUGGAUCACUUUUUUGAACACAUCCUGCCUUACUUUGAAAAGAGCGUAGUCCUUGAUAGUCCUCGUGAAGGUCUUGAUUUAUUCAUUGAAGCUUCUUCGUUCCUCGAGAACGAGUUGGUAACAGCAGGAGGUUCAUACUUUGGCGGUAGAGAACCCAGCUUUGCGGAUUAUGGAUUGUUCCCAUAUUUCGAUAAAGUGGGAAAAUGGUUUCAAGAUUUCGACGAUUACGAAUGUCCUCGCAUUAAAUCUUGGAUCCGAGUGAUGCGACAACAUCCUCUUGUAGUUAAAGUAUUAAAAGACACACAUACCAACGACCACUUGGCUCGCUACACCGAAGAUGUCGUUAACCGAAAAUCUUAGUGGGACAAACGUUAUUUUCUUUCUUUUAUUUGUUGUUGAAUGUAAAAUACGAUACGGUAUUACAGAGAUAAUUUAAUGGAAAUUUAAAUUUUACGGUUUUUAUUUUGCACAGUUUCGCACAACCAAUGUUAGUACUGCUUGUAAAUAUGCAUAGCUAAAAAGAAUUUGUUGCAAAAGUAAUAGGACAUUAACACUACAAAUUGUGUCAUGUAAUGUUUAAAAUUGUAUUUUUCGAAGCUGAAAGCUUUAUUUGCGCUUAUAACUAAAUAGUACUUCAGUAUCAUGUUGAUGUAUAUUCUGGUUAAAAUCCACUGCUCCGUCGUUUUAAAAAACACGGGCAAUAUUCUGUUUUUUCGUUCAAUUUAACAUUUUAUCGGUUACUCGUAAUCUACAUUCUGAAAUAAACUGUUUAAUUUAACCAUCUUAAA